CUCACUCUCGCUUUCUCUCUCCAAAUCUCCCACUUAGUUUUCUAAGUUCUAUCAACAUCGUCAACUACCCCACUCUCUCUCUGUAAAAUCCGAUACGCGUUUUGAGUCUCAGCAUCUCCGAAACGUUUCGCUGAUCCAAAUCCCCACUGCUCACAUACUGUUCAACCCUCCAAUCCCAUCAAAUAUUCCGAACUAUUCGUAUCUUGUUUCAUCAAAGCGAUUCGAGUUCGCUGUCUCUCUCUCUCUCUCUCUCUAUCGCUCUCUUUCGUCGUGGAGUUUAUUUCGUUUCUCACCAUUUUUUUUACCCAAUUUUCUCGAUUAUCUAACUGUUUUUGAAGUUAAAAUGGAUCAAAAUUCUGCUUCGCAUUUCACAGUUCGUUCUUGAUUAAUCAACCACCUCAAUCCGAUUACCAUUUUCAAGAAUUCAAAUAUCUUUUCAAGAACCUGACAUUCAAAUAUCUUUUUCUUUUUUUCGUUUUUAAGAAUCCAAUUAGCAUUUGAAGAAGUUGGGGUUCAUUCCAAAAAGCCUUUUCAAGAAUUCAAACAGUUUUCGAAGAAGCUAUGGCAAUUCAAAUAGCUUCCAGAGAAGCUGGAAUUCAAAUAGCUCUGUAAACAGAGAGAGACAGAGGAAUUUCAAAGUUAUUGCAAAUUUUGGAUUUUGAUCUAACCCAAUGGGUCGGACGAGCAGUAAGAUCGGAAACAGAGAUGAAGCCGCAGAGAAGCACACGGGUCUGUCAAAAAUGGUUCAAAUCCUCUCAUUUCUAGUGGUCUUCGUCGCCGGCGUGGUGAUCGGCCUUGCCACCACGUCGCACAUUGACCGCCACUACAUCGCCUCGCAGGCCGAGCUCUACUCUAAUUGCGCCGUCGGCACAACCACGGUCGUGAAGGAGUGCGAGAAGCCCGUGGACUGUAUGAGCAUGGAGGCGUUUCUCAAGCCGAGCAAUGUGACGCAUGGAAUGUCGGAUGACGAGCUCUUGUGGAGGGCGUCGAUGGUGCCCAGGAAAAAUGAGUAUCCCCACAAGACGAGAGUGCCGAAGGUGGCCUUCAUGUUCUUGACGAGAGGCCCUUUGCCGAUGUUGCCUUUGUGGGAGAGAUUCUUCAGAGGGGGGCGUGGCGGAGAGUUGUUCUCUAUCUAUGUUCACUCGCCUCCGGGAUACAAGCUCAAUGUGUCCCGGAACUCGCCCUUUUAUGGCCGUCAAAUUCCGAGUCUGAAUGUUAGAUGGGGAACAGCAACACUAUCUGAUGCUGAGAGACGCCUUCUAGCCAAUGCCCUGCUUGACUUUUCAAAUGAGCGAUUUGUUCUUCUUUCUGAGAGCUGCAUCCCGGUCUAUAACUUCCCAACUGUCUACAAAUAUCUUACUGGUUCUGCACACAGCUUUGUUGAGUCAUAUGAUGACCCUUCCCGAUAUGGACGCGGUCGCUACAGUCGCCACAUGCUUCCCUAUAUAAAUCUCCGUCAAUGGCGGAAAGGGUCUCAAUGGUUUGAACUUCACCGCGCGCUGGCUGUUAGUAUCAUUGCUGACACCAUGUACUACACCCUCUUCAGGAAACAUUGUCUACCUGCUUGCUACCCAGAUGAACAUUAUAUUCCAACUUACCUGAACAUGUUCCAUGGUUCGCAGAAUUCGAAUCGGACCGUGACUUGGGUUGAUUGGUCAGUGUCGGGUCCUCACCCGGCAAAGUAUGAAAAAGCAAAUAUUACAGAAGAUUUUAUACAGUCUAUAAGGAAUAACGGCACACUCUGUCGUUAUAAUUCUGAGAUGACAUCUGUUUGUUAUCUCUUUGCUCGGAAGUUUGCUCCAAGUGCACUGGAACCUUUGCUCAACCUCACCUCAACAAUAAUGGAAUUUUGAAAAUUCUGAUUCUGCAGAGAUUUUUUUAGAAAUUUUUUCAGAGUUUCUCGAUUUUGUUAGGGCAUUAUUGGUGGUUUGCCAACCAUAGUACUGUUGGCUCAGUGAUUUUUGUUUUGGUAUAAAUGUACAGGUAGUUUUGUAAGAGAAUAUCUCAUUGUUGCACAAAUUUUGAGAGGAGAAUUUGUCAGCCCUUUAGAGGAAAAAAAAAAUCAUUAAU